UUGAGAGACCCUUUUGGGGACUGGACUGGGGCUGUCCCCAAAAAGCGACGACAGGGUUUGACACAGAAACUGUAUUUGAAGGAUACAUUCCACUACCAACCAGAUUCUUGAUGCAGCAUACAAAUAGAUUUAACCUGAGAAGUAAGAGUUGCAGUUUGGUGAAAAGCGUUGGGACAGCAGCUGCUCCAGGAAGCUACAAUAAUGGAAAGCCCAAUUUGCCAUUAAUCAUAAAAGUAAUCUGAUUUGGAUACAAUACACGGUUUAUUGAUUCGCGUUUGCAGAGUGAUAAUUUGCUCUAUUAGAAUGAUAAACGUUAAGUGGAGCAACCCGAUCCCAUGCAUCCGCACGAGAAGAGUCGGACAGAAACGGGAGGACUCAGAAACGGGUGAAGAACUGGUGUCUAAAUACGCCCGGCUGAGUGAGUCUCCGGGGGACGCGGGGCUCCUCGGUAGAUCGCCAGGGUCACUGCUGUCCCCGGUCCCCUUGAGCGGCCCGACCCAUCAAGGUCCGUCCCGGAUAGGCCAGUUUCUGCUCCUACAUAUGGCUGCCAGGGACAGGAUGCACAGCGCACUCAACAUUGACACUGGAGACGCGCUGGUGUGCAAGGUGUUUGACAUGGGUCUGUACCAGGAGAAGAUCCGGGCCUACCGCAUCCUGCCGGUCCACAGGAACAUCAGCUGUAUCCGAGACAUUGUCCUGGGAGAGCGUUGGGCAUACGUCUUCCUAGAGAAGGACCACGGGGACAUGCACACCUUCGUUAAGAGCUGCAAGCGUUUGGACGAGGAGCGGGCGGCACAGCUCUUUCACCAGGUGGCGUCGGCCGUGUCACACUGUCACCAGCAUGGCGUCGUAUUAGGAGACCUGAAGCUACGCAAGUUUGUCUUCUCUGACAGGAAAAGGAUCCAUGUGAAGCUGGAAGGCCUGGAGGACUGCAGGGUUCUAGAAGGAGAAGAUGACUCCAUGUCAUACACCUAUGGCUGCCCAGCCUAUAUCAGCCCAGAGAUCCUGAACGUCUCCAGCUCCUACUCCGGGAAGCAGGCGGACGUCUGGUCCCUAGGGGUGAUGCUCUACACUAUGCUGGUGGGACGCUACCCUUUCCACGACCCAGACCCAGCUACCCUCUUCUCCAAGAUCCGCCGGGGCCAUUGCUGCCUACCCGAGAGCCUCUCUCCCCGGGCCAAGUGCCUGCUGCGAUCCCUGCUGAGGAAAGAACCAUGGGACAGACUGACUGCCGCCGAGGUGCUUAUCCAUCCGUGGUUCCACACCACUGCCGCCAACGGACAGGAAACAGGGGUCAGUGAACAGGAAGUGGGCUCAGUGGAACAGACAGUGCCUUCCUGUGAUGUGGAAGAGGAGGAUGAUCUUUUCUGUUGA